AUGUCUCAUUGUUCUCGAUGGGGCCCACUGCUCUCACUGCUUGUAUUGUUGCCUGUUCUCAUUGGUUCACCAUGGUUGGCUUACAGGCGACAUCACUCGCGAAUCCUUGGCGUUGUGAAGCAGCUAUCAGAAGACAUUGGUUAUCGGACUGUAGGCACCUUGGAACAUGCCCUGGCGGACAAAUACAUGGUUGCACAAGCGGAAGAGGUCAAGAAGAACUGUGAGAAACUAAUGGCGGAAAGUGGAAGGAAGCUGGAAUGUGAGGUGAGGUGUGGAGAUGGGAAGGAAGUGGGAGCCACAGAUUUGAUAUGA